UAUACUUUCUCAAGAUUAAGAUUAUGUCCGUACACCUAUUUUAAAGAAGUGUUCGUUUAUUUGCCGCAAUGCUUUUUCCUUUUUGUUUUACGGUUGCUGUUUUUCGAGACGCACCCGCACUCCAACAGCCAACAACUCUGAACUGUGGAUUCAUUGCUUAACACCCCAAAAUGUUUUUGGCAAAAUGCUAAAAUUCAGCCUGCUGUCCUGAAAGAAAAGUAAACAUUUCAAGUGUUGGAUGCUGACCUUAUUCUUUCAUACGGACACGUUUUACGCGCUACUCAGAAUCUUGCAGUUGCGAGGAGGAUAAAGUUAAUUUGUGAGAAUGAUGCGUAUGGACCAUAAGAUCUCUGACAUUUUUAUAACCCCCGAAUGCAAUAGGAAUUUACGGUGUUAGGUUGUGUGCAAGUAUUUGGACAUGGACAAUGGAUACUUUAAGAAUCGCAGUGAAUGGUGUUUCGUAUACCGAGGGAGAGAUGUACAAACCAGAUGCUGAUCCGUUCAGUGGUCCAGUAACAAAUCUCGCACCUUGGAAUUUCGUCGUUUUGGCUACCUUGAUGUUUAUUGUAACUUCACUGUCUCUCUUUGAAAAUUUUACUGUUAUGUUGGCCACUUACAAGUUCAAACAGCUGAGACAGCCCUUAAACUAUAUAAUAGUUAAUUUAUCCCUCGCUGAUUUCCUUGUGUCACUCACCGGUGGAGUAAUAAGUUUUGUAACAAAUGCCAAAGGGUAUUUUUUCCUUGGAAAAUGGGCUUGCGUACUAGAAGGGUUUGCUGUCACUUAUUUCGGGAUUGUGGCAAUGUGGUCCUUGGCGGUAUUGUCCUUCGAGCGCUUCUUUGUGAUCUGCCGACCUCUGGGGAAUAUCCGUCUGAGGGGGAAGCAUGCAGCACUGGGCCUGCUGUUCGUUUGGACCUUCUCCUUCAUCUGGACUAUUCCUCCUGUGUUUGGCUGGUGCAGCUACACCCCCAGCAAGAUUGGCACAACCUGCGAGCCCAACUGGUACUCUGACAACAUCUCAAAUCACACCUACAUUAUCACCUUCUUCAUUACCUGCUUCAUAAUGCCUCUGGGGGUGAUCGUCUACAGCUAUGGGAAGCUCCUACAGAAGCUGAGGAAGGUGUCCCAUGGCAGGCUGGGUAAUGCCAAGAAACCGGAUCGUCAGGUGACCCGCAUGGUGGUGGUGAUGAUUGUGGCUUACCUGGUCGGAUGGACGCCCUACGCAGCCUUCUCUAUCAUUGUCACAAUCUGCCCCACGAUCUAUCUGGACCCCAGACUGGCGGCCGCACCAGCUUUUUUCUCCAAGACGGCUGCAUGCUACAACCCAGUUAUUUAUGUCUUCAUGAACAAACAGUUCAGGAAGUGCCUAAUCCAGCUGUUCACUGGCAAGCCCAUGCCAGAGAAUACCAACGCCACGUCGGAGCGUCAGGGAAUGACGGAGCAGAGUGGCAUGGGAGGGGAGAUGUCAGCCAUCGCCGCCCGCAUCCCAUUCUGCGGCAAUGACCAAUCCAAUGACGAGACUUCCCCAAUUGAGUGCUCCACCUUUGCCCAGAUGCCGAUUCCAGAGAACAAAGUCUGCCCCGUCUAGGCCUGUGGGAGACCCUCCAACCUCUGACAGUCUUUCCAUCCGGCCCAUUUAUUCCUCAGUAGAUGCAUCUUCUUUUACACAUCAAUGUUUUUGUCAAUUUUAAACUUGAGGGCUCUGUAAUUGACUAGUAGGAAUAGUGGGAACUUAUCCAAAGCAAAAGAGGGGCUAAUCAUCUCAUUUGAACCUCCCUUUGCAAUAGAAAUAUAUUUGAGUGCUUUUAAAAAAAAGAUUAUAUCUAAUUAUUAUGGUUGUAAAUAGUGGGCUUGGGUGUGGAGGUGUAGUGGUUGUGUGUGUGUUGUGGUGGGGAGUAGCGUUCCCAUUUUUAAUUAAGAAUAACCCGAGCUGGUUAAUGAAAAGCAUUUGACUUUGCGUCCACAGACGUAUGUGUUUGGCCUGUGAGCACAUUUCUGUAAAACCCAUUGAGCAUCUCCUAGCACGGGGAUGGGUUCUUGGAAAGAAGCAGUUGUGUAGUGAGUGAUAUUGGUUAAACCUACUUGGCCUCAAUAGGAGUGCUCUUAAAGUAAAAACACUUGUCAAGUUCAAUAAUGUGUUACCUAUGUCUAAUAAUCCUAUACAGCCUAAUCUCGUCAUUUAAAUUCUAACAGAAUACUCUUAUUUAUCACAGCAGUGCUCGUUUUACAGCCUUAAGUUAGUUCAAAGCUUAAUCUGUCUUGCAUAUUAAUCAUAUAGUCCCAAUGAAUAAAUACUCUUUUAGAAGAACCAAAGAGCUCACAAUUGCGAUGCAGUUUAGACAUUUCCUCGAUAAAACUUAAAGAAUGCCUCACACCUGCUUUGCAUUUCUAACCUUGUGUUGAAGGGUAAUCAAAAUUGAAAAUGUGUGGGCGAAGACAGGCGUUGCAAUAAUAAUAGGCCUAUUCUAUGGUCUACAUCUGUCAGUACCCUACUCGAAACCCAGAGUGUGAGAAGUGAACUUCCCCGCUGAAAAUUACCCAUGUAAUAUACAUCAUAUAUCAUGGGAUAUUUGGAAAUAGCCACUGGAUGUUUUUUUUCAAUACUGGCAAUAUUCUUGUGUUUAAUUCUCUGAAGAGUUUUUUAUAAAUUGUAUUCAGGCUACUUUUUGAAAUAAACACGUGCACUCUCCUCUUGUAAGGAAAUAAAGCAGAUACUUUUCUCAAUUUCCUGGGUAACAUAAUUGCAUUCUUAUGACGCUUGCCUGGGUGGGUGUAGUUCUCCAGGGACGUUGAGUCGAAUGUUUGUGAAGAGAAGCGGCAACAUCAAUGUCUUGUGGAUUUGGUUUUACUUGCAAGUUAGCUACGUAAGGGGGUGACUUAAUAAGUAGAUGGGCAACAUUGUUAGCUUUCUGCCGGAUUGGACAACUUACUGCUGCCACAGCACUGCAGUCUUUCUCUCUCCCCCCUCUUUUUGCGCAUCUCCGCUGUAAAGCACAGCGGGUAGUGAAUGCAUUCUCUACGCAACCUACGGAAGUGAUGGGCAUUUCAAAUCUUCUGGAUCCGUUCACCCGAAAGAGCCAGUUCAUUUGGCUCCCGAAUGGCUCUUCGCUUUAAGUGCAUAUAAAUAUCCCACAAAACAAUGCAAAAAGUACAAAUAGGUACUUUUAUGAUUUAAUGUGCAAUCCACAUUAGAAUAGGUUAUCUCUAUCUUACCUCUCCCAAUUAUUUGCCUGCGGUUUUUGUUUUACCCCUACUGGAAAAAUGCAUAUGGAACACAAAGACCCGUCCUCCCGAUCAUCACUAGCCUACAGUACACGCUGCUCUUCUCAGUGUUCAUUUGCAGUGUCUCUUGUUCACUUUCACUUCUAUAAGUCAAAACACGCCAGAAGGACAUUCGGUAGCAAACUGCUCCCUGAACUGGCAUUUCUUCAUGAGCAACAUUGACUGUGCAACUUUAGAGUCUACAGCUGGCCAUGACUUCAACACCCACAUCAUCAAGGUUGUCAAAAGGGGGCACGUUUUGAGACAUGCUCAAACCCGGAGACGCCUACACUAGGUUAGGGCUGCCCUGCAUUUUCAACCAUCAGAAUGCACUGCUUUCAUCUUGAGCUCUAUUGCUGUUUGAAGCCCUUAUGAUGACGACUGCAGAGAGAGGGUUGUUUUUGCACUUUGUUUUGGUUCUUUUGCUCUAGAUGAUGGAGAAACUUUCAUUCAGUACAAAGACAGUCAAUGAGACUUGGUGCAGCUGGCCCCCUGCUGGCUCUGCUGUGACACUGAGGGACUUUACAUUAUAAAGUCCAAAAAGAAUCCUUUGUUUCUUCACCAUACUAUCCCUGUUUCACGGUCUGUCAAGAGCUGGUAUGUAUGGGCACUGUGAAUGGGCACUGUGAAAGGGCACUGUGAAUGGGUCCAGUGCAUUGGAGUAGCUCGGCCAGUCAGUGGCGUAGAUAUAUAAACGCUGUAGCAAUGUACGCACAAGCAUUGUACAAAAUAUGAUUACAAAGCAUGGAUGGACAGUCAGCAAUAUUUCAGCACAAUAGCACUGUGUUGACUUUAGAACUAGUUACAGUAGAUCCAUGUAGUAAUGAUUGUAUUCCUACUUGUUUGAACUAUGUUAUGUACACAUGACGUCUCUUGUUCAUCAUUCUGUGCUGUAUUAUCAUUAAGUCAAGAAGUAACAAUAUGUAAUGAUAUUCAUAAUGUGGUAAUAUCCAUUUGAUGCGUACAGCAGAGACCCGGAUUAUAUUGCAUGAGUCAGUCUCCAUAAAUAAAUCACACGCAAAUUAGCUUUGCAUUGCCACACUUCCAAGUCUCAUUCACUGGGCUAUUAGAAAGAACGUGAAAAGACAGAAAUUGAAACUCUGUAUGAAGGCCAUACAUACGUAUAGACUUCACACAGAGCCAACCACAACAGCAUACACACUUACAAAUGUUGAUAAUAAGAUGCUUACUAUUUAAUUUUUCUGCUGUUCAUAGACAUUUAUUUGAUAUAUAUAAUUGUAUAUGUAUAUCGCUAUGAUUCCAUUGUGUUACACUGUCAAAUCAAAUGUUGUAUUUCUACAUUGUGUAUUUUUCCAUUGUUACCAAGUCUACACGAACAGUGUAUAGCUUCAAAAUGUUUACAGCUACAAUCUCAUGGACUAUAGUCUUUCAGUCUUGAAAUAACAGAUAGCGUCUGUGCCCUCUAGUAGAGUUUUACUUAAAAAGAUUAAGAUAUGUCUUGAAAGGAAGACAUUUGAUUAGUUCACUCAGUUAAGAGGACGGAGCUUAUGUCCCAACUCAGAAGUCACUCAAUUUAAGUUUAAAUUGAUGAAGGUUAAGGUGUUAUGGUUAGCAUUAGGCAGAAGUGUAAAAAGUUAAAAUAUACUGCUAAGUUCACUAUUUUAGGGAAGUUCACAAUUAGGAGCUAAAUGACUAGAUUAAGUUGUGUGUCUCUUAAUUAGGAACUUCCCUAAACUGUUAAACACAGCCAAGUACUUUUAAUUUCUACUUAUUACACCUCUGCCAUUAGGUACAGUUAAUGGUCAGAGUUAGGAAAGAUGUUUAAUCACUUUUGAAAUGCAAGUUUUCCCCUCUCCGUUGAUCCAACCAAUUACAUUAAAAACCCAUGUGCACAAAGCCCAGUGAAAAUCUCGCUUAUAAAAGUUAAUUAUCAUAUCCAAAACAAUGUUAAUUUACUAAUGAGGCCAAUGCGUAAACAGAAAAAAACUAAAAACAUCAUUUUUUGGACUAUCCAACCUUUUUUGGACUAUACUGCACAACUGUUUCAUGCAUAUUUUAAGUAAUAGUCAUAUUUAAUAGAAAUUGGAGAAUGCUGGGCAGUUAUUUCAAACAAAAACAUGUGCCAAUGUAACAGAUAACUCUUUCUACCUAUUUUACUGUUUCCUCUUUAAACUUAGCUCUACACAUGACGACAUUAAAUUGUAUUUCUGUUUAAACUCCUAAUUUUACUAAAAACUUUAAUCCUAAUCUUAAAUCCUUAAUCUAACUGCUAAAGCCUAAACAUAACCCUACUACGUACCAAGUAAUUGUAACCCAAAAACAAACACACCUAAAAAUAAGAAUAAAUCAAAACUGUUUAUCCAUAUGUUGGAGAAAUUCUUAGCCCCAUUUCGGUACUGAAACAUAAACAUUUUAUGUUACUCUGUCCUAAAACCUUAUUCCCAUUCAACCUAUCAAUAUAGCACUUACCCCCUCACUGUAAUCUAAACCCAAACCUAGUCAAUAGCUUACAGUAACUGUUUACAUAACCCCUAAGAAGAAAAUAACCCCUUUCCUUUGGGUGCCAACAAGAUGUCCACACAAGGUUAAUUGCCCUAUCCUCUUAGAAAAACAUGUACACAUACACACACACACACACACACACACACACACAUACACAUACAUACAAACUCAUUACACCCUGAAAAGCAAUAUGACAAUAUAUAGUGUAUGGGCAUACAUGAACAGGCAGUGGAGAUGGUAACUUUGGAAAAUACUGGGAGUGAAGAAAAAAAUAUGUGACAGCGAUUUGGACAGGAGUCACCAACUGCAGUGCAUACUGAUAAGUUGAGUAUGGACUCCUAGCACAGGUUAAACAUGUUCUCUUUUAUUCUCAGAUGUUCUCCAACAGUGUUUGUUGUACUGUACUUACCAUGGCAUGAUGAGAGUUGUUCUGCUGUGAUUUCAGUGUAACUAUUUGAGUUUUACAAGAGUUACAUGUCAUGCACGUUAGUUUUAUAUAUGUGUGUGUGUGUGUAUAAAACAAUGUCUGUAUUGGAAUAAAAUAUAU